AACACCGUCAGUUUAACGUCAAAAUUGUUGUGAUCAUUGUGAAAUUGACUGGAAUUGGGAUUUUUAUUUUGUGCUUUUCCGUAAUCAACAAACGUAAUAAUGAACAGAAUUUUCGGUAGAGGAAAGCCAAAGGAACCUGGUCCUAGUAUAUCGGAUUGCAUUAGCAAUGUUGAUAGCAGGGCUGACAACAUUGAGCAGAAGGUUCAAAAGCUGGAAACUGAGCUGCGAAAGUAUAAGGAUCAGAUGAAUAAAAUGCGAGAAGGUCCUGCAAAGAAUUCUGUCAAACAGAAGGCAAUGAGGGUAUUGAAACAGAAAAAACAAUAUGAACAACAGCUAGAGGGCUUAAGAGCACAAUCUUUCAACAUGGAACAAGCAAACUAUGCCACACAGACGUUGAAGGAUACACAUGCCACCAUCGCAGCAAUGAAGGAUGGAGUCACACAGAUGAAGAAGGAAUUCAAAAAGAUCAACAUUGAUUCUAUUGAGGAUGUGAAUGAUGAGUUAGCGGACAUGUUUGAACAAGCAGAUGAGGUGCAAGAGGCGCUCGGCCGGCAGUACGGCGUGCCGGAUAUUGAUGAUGAUGAACUCGCUGCGGAACUGGAUGCCUUGGGUGACGAGAUUGCCCUAGACGAUGAUAACUCGUAUCUCGAUGACGUACACAAGGCCCCGGCCGCUCCGGACAAGGAGCCAGGAGUGGACAGUCUCCGUAACAAGGACGGAGUGCCAGUUGACGAGUUUGGUCUGCCCCAAGUACCAAGUGCUGCCCAGACCUCACGUUGAUCAUCGUAAUUAACUGCACAGGUAUAAUUUGCUAAGCUCUUCUUAAGUUCUUUUCUCAACUGCAGAUUUUAUUUUAUAGCACUUUCUAUAUUUGUUAAAGAUGUAACCACAAUCGUGUUUCCAUUUUCAAAAUUUUUCACAUGAUUUAAUUAUAUUGAGAGUAAUGAAAAUAAAAAUGAGUAAAGAGCCCAUGUUCAUUUCAUGUUAUGCAAAUUUUAUUCAAUUAAGUUUGUUGUUUUUAUAACUUUAAAAUUGCUGUACGAUUUUUUCAGUCUAAACCCAUUAGAAAAUAGGAAUUGUCAGUUUUGUAAAUUAUAAUUUUGGGGAUAUAGGAAUAAACUGCUAAUAGUGAUUUUCAUAAAAUAAUUUUAGAAAAUACACAAAAUAUUUGGCGUAAUUUAAAGUACCUAGUUUAUUUUAUUGUAUAUAGGAAAUUAAAGUGAAUAUAAUUUCGAUUUGAAAUUGAAAUGUAACUCAAAUUUUAUUAUUUGUUAAAAGUUUAUUAUUAUUAACACAGAACACUAGCACUCUACAUUACAUACAAAACCUUUACUUAUGUAAAGCUACAUUAUAUGAUAUAUUAAUUUUAAAUUCAUUGCUUUCACUGUAAAGUUGUGUAAAUGUAAUCUAUUCACGAUUCUAAUAAACUUAAGUUGUAAUAUU